GUGGGGAGCAAGAGGGAGGGGGAGGAGAGGGAGCCCAGGCAAAGGCAGGCAGGCAGGCAGGCAGAGAACGGACCUGCCCUCGUCUCACGCCUCACUGACUCUCGGUGCGCGCAGGCUGGAGACGCUGGCGGGUCAGAGACAGUGGCCACUUUCCUCCCCGGCGGCAGGAACGCACGCGAGCACUCGGAGAGCCCCUUGAAGCCUAUUCCCUGUAAUCAGGACUCCCACUUCCAGCGUACCCCUUCCCACACCUCACCCCCUUCUCUCCUCUGCCCUUGGUUAGUGGCCCUGGCUGGAGGGGCACCCAACUCUGCGUGCGCGUCCCCCAGGUCCUUCUCCAUCCAUCUCCUAAGGGCUCCGACAUGAGCCUCUGAGCGUCUGGGCCACCUGUGCUACUGUAGGGACCUCGGGUGACUUCGAGACGAACUGGAGUCGCGGCAGCUGCGUCUGUAACCGACUAAGCAAAUGGAGAGGAGGAUGUUUCCAGAAAACCAAGGGAAGACAACUGAACAUUUUACAAGUUCAGUUCUGGGAGCCGCAUUGUAAGAGAUCUUAACAAACUGGAGCUGAUCCAGAGAGGGAUGAAUAAGGAAUGAAUCUGGACCUGUGAUAUCCUUUUCUACUCUGGAAAGUUCUAAAAGUUGUAUCCAUCUAAUAGAAUGUAAGCCACUUGAGGACAAGAACUGUUUUUGAUUCUCACCUUCCGUCCUCAGAGCUCAGUGUAAGGCCUUGUGCAUAAUGGGAACACAAGUGCUUGUUUACACUUUACUGGACACUAACUCCCAAUAAAUCUCAUCUAGUCUGAUCCUUGAUGCAUUUCUUGUGCUAGAAGAAUACCAAGAAGUGGUCUUUCUUUGGUUCUGGAGAACAAAGAGGUGUUUUGUGCCCUCUUGUGCAUUAAGGUGUGUGAUGGAUCUCCACCCUUUGCCAAAGCUUCUGUGGACCAAUGAUAGCAAACAGCUGCACCAUCAUUUCCCAGAUGUCUUUGCCACAGUUCACACCACUCAGGAUAUCCCAGAAGAAGCCACAUUUGGGCCUUGUAUGCUCCAAAACACAUUUCUAGACACCAUAGCAUUCAUUGCUCUUAAAUGCUUGGACAGAAGGAAUAUCCACUAUGUAUUUAAGGUGGAUGUCAAUUCCAUCCAUAGUCCCACUGGAUUGACAUGGAUGAGGCUUGUUCAGGCAGCUUGCAGUAGCAAGGAGCAGAACCUGGAAGCUUACUUGGAAAACAGCCAACUGUAUUUCCGUCCCACAAGGAAGAUCAGCCAAAAUGAAGAGCUCUUCGUUUGGUAUGACAAAGAGCUUUCAUGCCUCCUAGGUUUCCAGGAUAUUAAAGCUGGAGCUCUCCUUAAAGACUACAGAUGCCCAGAAUGCAACCAUACCUUUAAGUGUGAGCACUCCUAUCUCUCGCACAUUCGCUUCCUGUGUUCUCCAGGGAAAGCCCCCUUGGUGAUGAGCUCUCCAGACCCCAAAGCUCCCCACACCAGGGAUCUGGACCAAUCUACCAACUUUCAUAACCUAGCCAGAGACCUGGAGGUCAAAAUGGCCACACAGAAAGAUGCUCUUCACAGCCCUUUGCCUGAAAAGAUGAUACAAACCAGUGAAGUAGAGCCCAGCCAGGUCCAGAAAAUGGUAUUACUGGAGAAAACAAACCACUUGAGCAAGGGACCGCCCUCUGUUCCCUGCAGCAGAGAAGAUGGAGGGACGGAGCAUGUGUUGUCAGCUGCCAUAUGGAAGCUCAACCCAGUGAAACAGUCAUCCAAGAAAGCCCCCUGGGACCAGAAGCCCAGUGCAUUCACUGAGGUCAAGAGACUAAAGGACAAACUUCAGAGCGAGAGAUCCAGAGAGGGGGAGCAAGGCCCUGGCUCAGAGCAGCUUGGCAAAGAACAGCAAUCGAUGGAUUGUGUCCUGAGUGGGACUGGUAGUGCUUUCUCCUUUGUGUGGCCUGCCCGGGCCCUGGGUGAGCUGGGGAGUGCUUUCAGCAAACCAGUCAAGUGUCUGGCCCAGAGAACAACACUAAACUCCCAUCUCCCAGUCAGCAACUCGGCAGAAGCCCUGGGGGAUCUGUCAGGGUUCAUUAACACCAUGGAUGCUAUGUGUUGUGGAAAUCUUUUGAAUUCCAAGUUUUCCAUCAGCGAUUUGUGCAACUUGCAAAUGUUACAGGAAUGGCCCCCCCAGUGCAACACUUUCCCAUAUGCCUCAGAACUGUGGCCAAAACCAGUAGCUCAGCUACACAUAUCUCCAUCUUCUGCCUCUGCCCCCUCUUCCCCUUCUCUGACGCUCCUGCCACCCACAUUCACAUCGCUUGGCAUGGCUACCCAGAACUGGUGCGCGAAAUGUAACCUCUCCUUCCGCAUGACAUCUGACUUGGUUUUCCACAUGCGAUCACAUCACAAGAAAGAAUACUCCUCUUCUGAGGUGCCGGCCAAGAGGAGGCGGGAAGAAAAGCUGACCUGCCCGAUUUGCCAUGAGUAUUUCCGAGAGCGCCACCAUCUAUCCCGGCACAUGACUUCUCACAAUUAGAGGUGCAGCCGGGGACUGAUUCAAUCACACCCCAUGUGCUACUUGUAUGGCUCUGUUGCUGAAGGGAGGAAUGGUCUUUGAAAUACUUUCUUUAGAGAAAUGGCUGUUUACAAUGCCUGACAAUGCUGUCUCCUUGCUCAAAGACAGGAUAUUUACAAAAGGUCAGCUAGGUUUGGACUUAGACAACCAAAUCAUAGAAUAAGAGAGCUAUCGAGUUUAAAGAGAGCUUCGCGGCCAUCUUGUCCAGCUCUUACAUACAAGUCCUUGUUAAUAUAUAUAUUUUUAAGGAAUGAAAAUAGUGAAAUGAAGCUAAGAAUAUUGUUAAUUCUCAGUCAUUGUACUUUCCAGACCUGUGUGUUGGUAUAAUACAAACUUUGUAACAUUUUCAAGGGUAUGAAUUGUUUGAGCCGUCCAUGCAGGAAAUGUCACCUCCAUUUCCUCUUCCUUUUAAUGCAUUGAGCUCAGAUAAAGAGAGGGCCAAAAACCACCACCAACUCUUUCCCUCCCACCAAACAUUAUAUGCAAAAAGUCUGAGGAAUAGAUGUAUGCAGGAUGGAAGAGGGGUGUGAAUGGCAGCAGUAUAAAGAAAAAGAAAUUUCUCAGAGACUAGUUGGAUGGUCUCUUCCAGCGACAGCCUAUUCCAAUGGUAUAGGGAGACAGCCUUCUUUCUCAGCAACCACAGAAAGCAAUAUUUUACUCUACCCAAAGAUGUGUUUCCUAGUCACAAACACCCCUUGUUGGAAUUACCAUGUUUCCUUUCUAUUUUUCCUACCCUAACUGGGGGCAAAUGUUCAGGGGGGUGCAGAAUUUCUCAUAAUCUCUAUCUCAGGACACUGCCCUCCAUGAAAACCAAACACACCCUGGGUGAAUGUGAACACAUACUGGGCUUGAUUUUUGCAAAGAUGCAUGGCCAUAAUGGAUUACCCAGAAGUGGAAAGGGGAGAGGGUCACAAGGGAAAUAAAUAAAAGUAAGAAACCAGAUUACAGAAGGUCCUCAUUAUCUCCUGGGCUGAUCAGUGUCCAGAAGAAACAGGGGAUGUGGUUCCAACAAUGUCAGUACCUGAUAUACCCUUGUUAUUGCCCUUACCAGAGUGGGGCCUAUAUUAACUAUGUACUCAAUGAAGUGUGCUCUGGUGCUUAAAUUCCUUCUUGUCUCCUGUCACAUUCCCAAAUCCUUUAGAACUUGAUGCCAUUCAGGUGUGUACAUCUCCAAUAACACUGGGCUUAUGACAGGUGGCAUGUCUGCAGGUGGCGGCUGGAUGUAACAAAGGCAAACUUGUGGAUUCUUUUACAUGGUAUUUGACACACUUUUCUUCCUUUAUAGAGCAAGACCCAUUUUAGCCACUCAUUGGGAUAAACCUUCAGUCAUUUAUAGUCUGGAUGGGGAACAUAGGCUUUAUUGUGUUAGAUGCCCAAGUAGUCAGUGAAAUUUCCCUAUUUAAGGUUGAAUUCCAUUCAAUUCAUUUCAACAAACAUUUAUUAAGUUUCUACUUCAAUGCAAGGAAAGGAUACAUGACCAUAAGUGAUCAUCCACAAAUAGUAAGGGGAAGGGUUUGCAAGAGAAAUAAGUGAAAACAAGAAAUCUGGUUAGGGAAGGUUCUCACUUUCUUAUUGGCUGAUCAGUGAGCAGAAGAAACAGGGGGUGUGGUUAGGCACUGGGGAUAGAAAGCCAAAAAUGAGAUAGUCCUUGCUCUCAAACAAUUUACAUUCCACUGAAUGGGAAAGCGGACCCACUCAGUGUGUACCCAGAUAAUUAAAUACAAAAUAGAUAGAAAAUAAUUUAAUGAAAGAGAGAAUUGGCAACUGGGGGGAUCAGGACAAGCAUCAUGCAGAGGUGAGGUGGGAAUGCAUCCCAGAAAUGGAGGACCACCUGUACAAAAGCACAUGCCAUGUACUGGGAGCAAAUAGAACAUAAAGGGGAGUGAGAUGAACUAUGCCUUUGUACAAAAUGCGUGCUAUAGAAUAGUGCUGGUGUUUAUAACUUGAGGGAUACUGGUUUCAGCGCAUCAUAACCUGGUUGGUUAUCAUUAGAUACCAUAUGAGCCUGUGGACAAAUUGUUCCCUCUAAGGCUGUCUAUUUCUAUGAGAACCAUUUUAGAAACUGUCAGACUUCCUGAGUGCUCUACUAAUUAAUCUUCUACAACAUUACCAAGUCUAGUACUUUGACACAAAUAAAUUUCAGAACACAGAUGGCAAAUCCUCAAACUUCAAUGAUUUGUGUAUUGGCCAA